AUGGAGCAGCCGCAGGAACGGGCAGGGAAGCAGGUGGGAGAGUUCAUAGUCGGUCUCAAGUACAGAUUGGUCCGUAAGAUCGGCAGUGGGUCAUUUGGUGACAUCUAUCUCGGGAUCAACAUAACAAACGGUGAAGAGGUUGCUGUCAAGCUGGAGUCUUGCAAGGCCCGGCAUCCUCAACUUUUAUACGAAAGCAAGCUGUACAAAAUUCUCCAAGGUGGUGUGGGUAUUCCUCACAUCCGUUACUAUGGGCAGGAGAAAGAAUACAAUGUUCUUGUUAUGGAUCUUCUGGGGCCAAGUCUAGAAGACUUGUUCAACUUCUGCUCCAGAAGGUUUACAAUGAAAACGGUGCUCAUGCUUGCAGAUCAAAUGAUCGGACGUAUCGAGUAUGUCCACAACAAGAACUUCAUACACAGAGAUAUCAAGCCAGACAAUUUCCUCAUGGGCAUUGGCAGACAUUGCAAUAAGGUUUUCUUGAUUGACUUUGGGCUGGCUAAGAAGUACAGGGAUAGCAGAACUCGUACACACAUCCCCUAUCGUGAAGAUAAGAAUUUAACCGGCACUGCUCGAUAUGCCAGUAUCAAUGCUCAUCUUGGUAUUGAGCAGAGUCGUAGAGAUGACAUGGAAUCGCUCGGCUAUGUCCUCAUGUACUUCAAUAGAGGCAGUCUACCAUGGCAGGGCCUCAAAGCCAACACCAAAAAGCAGAAAUAUGAGAAAAUCAGUGAAAAGAAAAUGUCCACCCCAGUUGAAGUUCUCUGCAAGGGUUUUCCUGCUGAAUUUGCCAUGUAUCUGAAUUACUGUCGUGGUCUUCGUUUUGAAGAGGCUCCAGAUUAUAUGUAUCUCCGCCAGCUUUUCCGAAUCCUCUUCCGAACCCUCAACUACCAGUAUGACUACACAUUUGACUGGACAAUGCUGAAGCAAAAGGCAGCACAGGUAGCACAGUGCACCACGGCUACCGCACCCACGGCAGGCAGAGGCUGA